AUGAAUAUAAAAGAGUUAGAUAUGUGGAAAGUGACAACACCUGAAGUUGUCAGUAGACUUCAUGAUUAUAGAAAAACUCAUUUAAGAACAAUAAUUGUUGGAAAUAGUUGUAAUGAAAAAAUGGACAGAGUUGAGCUUCUUCUGGUUUUAAUUCGUGGCUUGCAUAAUAAAAGUUUUGCUUUGUUGAAAUUAAACAAUUUUGUGGAGAAGUUAAAGAAGUUUUUCUCUGUAAAUAUGUAA